UCAACUCCAAAAUCGGAAACCGAGCCAAUGAAAUUGUUAGAGAGGGAAGGGAGGAACCUCCCAGGCGAAAGCCAACAAAAGGAGGAAGAUAUGUUUGUUUUUAAAUGGAUAAAAGGUUUGUUAUGCUCAAUGUUCUCUUUUCGCACUCGGGAAGAAUAUUUAAACUAUGUUAAAGAAAACUUGCCAAAAAAAGAGCCAUUACCAGAAAAUAUUAAUAAGGCGAUUGAUGACCUAUAUGAUAUCAGCAAAAAUGAAUUAAAUGUACUUUUGGAAACCCCCUCGAUAGACGAAGAAUGGUUAACAAAACUAGCUACGGCCGAAAACAGCAUUCUUUUGCAAUAUAAAGAAAAAAAUAUUGAAUUUAUUAAUCUAGUAGAAAAAUGA